GUCAGCCGCCAUGCAGCUCUUCCUCCUCCUCGUGUGCCUGCUGCUCCUCAGCCCCCAGGGAGCCAGCCUCCGCAGCCGCCACCGCUCCCGGGAGAUGAAGAAGAAAGUCAAGGAGGCCCCUGGAGGGGUCAUGGCAACCCCCAGCAAGAAGAACUUUGUCUUUGACCUCUACCGGGCCUUGGCUUCCACCGCCCCAGACCAGAACAUCUUCUUCUCCCCUUUGAGCGUCUCCACAAGCCUGGCCAUGUUGUCCCUGGGGGCGCACUCCAGCACCAAGGCGCAGAUCCUCGAGGGCCUGGGCCUUCAACCCAAGGCCCACUCAGAGUCAGAGCAAGAGCAACAGCUGCACCAAGGCUUCCAGAAGCUUUUGCAUGAGCUCACACAGUCCAGAGAGGACCUGCAGCUGAACCUUGGCAACGCUCUGUUCGUCGACCCGGAGCUGGUUGUUGAGGACACCUAUCUGAAUGCCAUGAAGACACUGUACCUGGCAGACGUUUUCUCUGCCAACUUCAAGGACCCUGCAGGGGCCCAGAGACAGAUUAAUGACUAUGUGGCCAAGCAGACCAAGGGCAAGAUUGUGGACUUGCUCAAGCAUCUGGAGAGCUCCAACAUCAUGGUCAUGGUGAAUUACAUUUUCUUCAAAGCCAAAUGGGAGACGAGCUUCAGCCCCAAGUUCACCCAGGAGCAGGACUUCCAUGUGAGCUCAGAGACCACUGUGCGGGUGCCUAUGAUGAGUCGUGAGGACCAAUAUCUCUACCUCCUGGACCAGAACCUCUCCUGCACAGUGCUGGGGCUCCGUUACCAGGGCAAUGCCACUGCUGUCUUCAUUCUCCCUGGAGAAGGCAAGAUGAGGCAGGUGGAGGACGGGCUGAGUGAGAGAACACUCAGGAAGUGGCUCCGGACGUUCACCAAGAGGCAACUGGAGCUUCACCUCCCGAAGUUCACCAUUGAGGGCUCCUACCAACUGGAGAAAGUCCUCCCCAAGCUGGGCAUCCAGGAAGUCUUCACUUCCCAAGCUGACCUGUCGGGCAUCAGCAGCUACUCCAACAUCCAGGUGUCCGAGAUGGUGCACAAAGCCGUGGUGGAGGUGGACGAGUCGGGAACAAGAGCCGCUGCAGCCACAGGGACCAGCUUCAUGUUCAGAUCAGCCCAAAUCAGCGCACCCAAGAUCAUGUUCAACAGACCCUUCCUUUUGCUCAUUGUGGACGAUGACAGCAAUGUCCUCUUCUUGGGCAGAGUGGCCCAGCCCUGAGGUGGUGGCUUUCCUGAAUUGCGCUGGCUCCCACAGUCCAGCCCAUCUCCCUGCUUACUCCUGGUGGCUGGCACCUGACGCAGGUCUACUUGGCUAAAUGAAAUUCUUGCACCGGUGUUGGCUUCCUCUCCGAUGAUGGCAAGGCAGCAGAGCCUUGGAGAACCCUGGCAAACAUUCCACCUUGCCCUCACCUUCCACCAGUGGGGAACAGCACCACUGCCUUGCCCACACUCACAUAGCAUGUUAGUGGCACCCAUGCCCAGAGCACAGGCCUGUGGUGCUGCGUCCGUUAGCACAGAGCUCUGUAUGGUGGCGCACAGGGGUGAUUCUAGAAAAUGAGGAUCACUAGCAAUUACAUACCCAGGCCUAGAACCCACUUGCCAGCAACAGCUGCAGUGUCAACAUGGUUUGGGACUAGAAUGGGCUCAGUGUCCCAGCCCUAACCUGUUGUGUGACAUUGUGAGGAUGGACACUCACUGUCCCUCUCUGGACCUUGGUUUCCCUACGUUUACCAUGAAGGGUCAUGGCAAGGAUUCGGUCUGAGGACCCUGGACUCCAUUAGCAAGGCUGGGAUGUUGCUUGGCAUCUCUGAGGUAUGGCAGGUUGGAAAUGGGCCGGUGCAGGAUGGCACUAUCCUUGCCCACAGCUACAAUGUCAUGGGUCAAGCAGCGACGGGCGCACAGAGCCCUUGUAUAGAUGGUGAUGCUGAUGCCUAACCUGUGGGUUUGUGUAGAGAAUAACAAUAAAAGAUUUU